GGUAGUAUAUAAGUUGCAUACUCUGACCACAGUACACAUACUGUGAAUGUACUGGCCGACAGUGGUACUUGAUCCAUAAAUUAUAAUUCUAGUGAAAAUGAAGACGAUAACAACACUUCUUGUGCUAACACUUGCGAUAGUUGCAACACUGGCAGCCGCGAGACAUGGCAAGUACACAGAUAAAUACGACAAUGUUGAUUUGAAUGAAAUCCUUGCCAAUAAACGUUUAUUGGUUCCAUACAUCAAAUGUAUACUUGACCAAGGAAAGUGCACGGCGGACGGCAAAGAGCUUAAAUCACACAUUAUAGAAGCAUUGGAGGAUUACUGCUCCAGAUGCACAGAUACACAACGGGACGGUACGCGCCGUGUUAUUGCUCACCUCAUCAACAAUGAACCUGAAUAUUGGCGGGAGCUUAGCGAUAAAUAUGACAAAGACCAUAAAUAUGUCAGAAAAUACGAAACCGAAUUAGGAUCGGUUCAGGGUUAGAACUUGCCGCUUGAAUUUGAGACUCUGAAAUGGUAUUUGUUUUAAUUCCUUAAAUUCUUAACUUCUUGUGUGUGAAAUUAAGAAUUUUAAGGUGGAAAUUCGAGAUAAUAGUGUUGAUGUGUAAAAUUUCGUAUUUCAAUUGUUACAUACAUAAGAAAAUUGGAUUUUCGUAAAUAAAUUUAGUAAAUUAUA